AUGCACCUCGUUUGCCUGGGAGUCAUGCGACGACUCUUAAAGAAUUGGGUAUGCCAAGGCCACAGUAAUAGAUUGAGCAGACUGUAUCGUUGCCAACUAAAUGAAAGCCUGCGAGAGGCAUCCAAAGCAUAUCCAACAUAUUUCCAGCGAAAGCCAAGGGGUACAGAAGAACUGGAUCGUUGGAAGGCAAUGGAGUUUCGCACAUUCCUCCUUUAUGUGGGGCCUGUUGUCCUAAAGCCUCUUCUGCCUCCAACACUCUACAAACAUUUUCUAAUGUUUCAUGUAGCUAUCAGAAUUUUAGCAUCACCUCAGUACUACUGUGAAUACAAUGAUUUCGCCAAAGAUGUGCUGAGGUACUUUGUUCAAGUGUUUAGUGAGCUAUACGGAAGAAAACAGCUUGUGUACAAUGUCCACUCACUAAUUCAUCUUGCUGACCAGUGCCGGGACUAUGGCCCAUUGGAUCAGUUUAGUGCAUUUCCUUUUGAAAGCUAUCUUGAACGAAUGAAGAAGUUGCUGCGAUCUUCCAACAAGCCACUUUCACAGCUAAGUAGGAGAAUCUCCGAACUGAGGCACUCGUCCAAGAACCAAGUCGAGCCGAAAUUGCAACAUGUGAAGCCUGGAGACUGCUUCCUGAUUUACAGUGCUCCUGUGGUUGUUAUGGAAAUAAUGGGAGACCACUUCGAGGGUGGGAUUUUACCACAUGCCAGGGACUUUUUCAAACUUCCACUCAAGUCGUCUCAGUUGAAUAUUUGGUGCUGCAACACCUUAAGUAAUAGAAGUAAGGUCUGGCCUCUUGAUGCCCUCCGGAAUACUGCUCAGUGCCUGAGGCUUAACUACAAGAAAGGACAUUUAGUUGUUCCUCUUUUGCACUUUCACUGA